AUGAGAACAAUUCUCUCGUUAUUCUUGAUUGUUGCUGCAGUCACUGCAUAUUCUGCACCACAUCUUUCAUGGGUUUGUUAAUUAAUUAAUUAAUUAAUUAAUAUCAACGGGAUGAGGCAUAUUUUUCGUAAACUGAAAAAACACACUCAAAGCCCCGUAAAAAUCUCUCAGCUUAGGUACGUUCGAACUUUUAAUUGUUUUGCAGGUUGGUGAGAAGAAUUUGAAAUUGGAACUUUCUUCGCAAGCAAUCAAAGCUGUUACUCGAACACUUUCGAAUGGAAAAAAACAAACAUUUGACUUCGAAGGAGCAAAUAAACGAGUUUGGAUUGAAGUAAGUAUUUCAAAUUUGCUAAAUAUGAAAUUGAAUUUUUUAAAUCAAGAAUGGAAAGAAACUUGAUUCGAAGAACUAUGGAAUUCAAGCUCCAGGAACUUUGAUCAUCAAAAGUGUUACAAAAGAUGAUGCUGGAGAAUACGAUUUUAUUGAAUUGAAGGUUAGUUCUUCUAACAUUCAGACUUCGAAAAAUAAUUAUUUUCAGAAAGUCGAACUCAAUCUUCCUCCAGGUGUCCACGUUGAUCCAGCUGUUCGCGGAAUCAAAUUGGAUGUUUUCCCACAAAAACCAACUUUCUAA